GUCUCCAAUUCGACACAACAAAACGUCAAAAUGGCCCCCGAUAAGAGAGUCUCAAAGCGCAAGGCUGCGCCUGUCGCCGCCGACUCGCCCGCCAAAAAAACCAAGAAGGUCGAGGCCAAGCCCGCUGAAGCAACCAAGGAGGCUGCUCCUAAGUCUAUCUUGAAGAAGAAUGAGAAGGGUACCAAGUCCAAGACAGAGAAGGCUGCUGCGCCGGCCAAGACCAAUGGCGAGCCCACACGCCAGGUCAAGCCUCGCAAGCGUGCUGCCGACUUCCUUACCGACGAGGAAGCUGAAGAGCCCGUCACGCCUGUGAAGGCUGACAAGAAGGCCGAGAAGAAGCCCGCCGCUAAGAAGUCCAAGAAGGAGGAUGCUGAGGCCGCCCCCGCUCCCAAGAAGGCUGCCGCGAAGAAGGCCGCCCCCAAGACCAAGAAGCCCGAGCCCGUCGUCGAGUCCGAAGAGGAAGAGGCCGAGGAGGAUGUCUCCCCCGCUGAUGAAAGCGAGGCUGAGAACGAGGGCGAUGACGACCAGACUGAGGCUCUCAUCAAGGGCUUCGAGAGCAGCGGUGACGAGGACGAGUCUGAUGGCGAGGGUUACAAAGAGGGUGAACCCAUCCCCAAGGCCCCAGACACCAAGAAGGCCGAGCGCAAGCUCGCCAAGCAGCUGCGCAAGAACGGCCCUCCCGAGGAGCCCGGCACUGUCUACAUUGGACGUAUCCCCCACGGUUUCUACGAGCACCAGAUGAAGGCCUACUUCUCCCAAUUUGGCGAAAUCACCAAACUCCGUCUCUCACGCAACCGUCUCACCGGCCGCUCCAAGCACUACGCCUUCAUUGAAUUCUCCUCGACCACCGUUGCUAAGAUCGUCGCUGACACUAUGGACAACUACCUCAUGUACGGCCACAUCGUCAAGUGCAAGUACGUCCCUAAAGAGCAGCUGCACCCCGAGGUCUGGAAGGGCGCCAACCGCCGCUUUAAGGUUACACCAUGGAACCGCAUCGAGAAGAAGCGUCUCGCGAAGGGCAAGACACGUGAACAGUGGUCGAAGAGCAUCGAGUCCGAGCAGAAGAAGCGUCAGGCUAAGGUCAACAAGCUCAAGGCUCUGGGCUACGAGCUUGAUCUUCCCCAGCUGAAGAGCGUCGAUGAUGUCCCCAUCCAGGAGGCCCCCAAGGCCGUCAAGGCCGCCGAGGCCACUGAGACCACCGAGGAGCCUACCAAGGCCAUCGAGGCCACUGCCCCUGUUGAGGCCCCUGCUGCUAUUGAGGCUCCUGCUCCUACCGAUGAUACCCCCAAGAAGGCCAAGAAGGGCAAGAAGACAGAGACACCUAAGGCCGCUGCUACAGAGUCACCGGCUGCCAAGUCUCCUGCCGCCAAGGCGAAGGGAAAGGUCACUAAGAAGACCACCAAGACCAAGUCUAAGGCGUAA